AUGGCCCGCCAAGAUCGCGCCCCAACAGCCCCAUACAGCGAGCCCUUGCUCCCCCAACUCGACGUCAAGAACCCAUACUACACCGACCUCCACCACAGUCUCCGCGCCUAUGUUCGCGACUACGUAGAAUCAUCAAUUGCGCCGUACGCCCAUGAAUGGGAAGCCGCCGGCCAAGUCCCCGAACACGUCCGCCGGCGCCACUGCGAACUGGGGUUCGGAAUCGUUCAUCCCCUAACCACGAUCGAAGAUGCCGCCGGACUAUCCCUCCCGAACAAUGUGCCGCGCGAGAAAUGGGAUACGUGGUGCUCGCUCAUUGUCGGCGAUGAGCUCAUCCGAACCGGAUACGUAGGUGUGAUCUGGGGACUGGGCGGUGGGAAUGGCAUCGGGUGUCCGCCAAUUGCACGGUUUGGAACAAAGGAGCAGAGGCAGAGGUGGCUUCCCGGGGUGGCGAAGGGGGAUAUUCGAUUUUGUUUGGGGAUUACGGAGCCUGAUGCUGGAUCGGAUGUCGCGAAUAUUUCGACGACGGCAAAGCGCGAAGGCGAUUUCUAUGUUGUUAAUGGCGCGAAGAAAUGGAUCACCAAUGGUAUCUGGGCUGACUAUUGUACUGCUGCGGUGAGGACAGGGGGGCCUGGAAGGGGCGGUAUUAGCUUGCUGGUGAUUCCUCUGGCGGCGCCUGGGGUGACGCGGAGAAGGAUGUAUAACUCCGGUGUUCAUGCAAGUGGAUCUACUUUCAUCGAGCUGGAUGACGUCCGGGUCCCGGUAGACCACCUCAUCGGAGAGGAAAACAAGGGCUUUCCGCUCAUUAUGUCAAGUAACUCCAUCCAUUACUAUAUCGAGUUAUAUCUGUUCAAGGCUAAUACCGUGUUAGAUUUUAACCCCGAGCGUCUCAGCCUCGCCUGUGCAUCGUUGCGUUUAGCUCGCGUGUGCGCCGAAGAUGCCUUCCAUUACGCCACACAGCGCGAGACAUUCGGCGCCCCGUUGAUACAAAGACAAGCCAUACAGUCGAAGAUCUUCAAGUUCGGGCUAAUGAUCGAACCCGCAUACGCGUUCAUGGAACAGCUUGUGAAUAUCAUUGAGCAGACCAAGGACAGACCCACCGACGAUGUGCGAAUUGGAGGCAUGACUGCGUUGCUCAAAGUGAUGUCUACCAGAGCCCUGGAGAAAAGCGUCAGAGAGGCCCAGCAAAUACUCGGUGGUGCUGGGUAUAAUAAGGCUGGAAAGGGGGCACGUAUUGAGCAGAUUAGUCGUGAUGCCCGGGUUCAUGUUGUUGGGGGCGGAAGUGAGGAGAUCAUGAUGGGUCUUGCGCUGCAGGAGGAGACGAAAGCGCUUCGAACGAGGCGUCAGGCUUUGGAGAAGAAGGCGAGGCUUUAG